AUGGGCAAAGGCGGCGCCCUACGAGCAGGCCUCAACGGCCGCUUUAAUGUGGGAGGCCGCGUCUCCGUCUUCCAAAUACUGUCGAGAGGCAGCGCUGCUCGGCGCGUUGUAGCCGUCGGCGUCUUGUUGCUCACGCUGGACGUUAUCCUGAGUGCAGCGGCGCAGUGGCUGGCGGCCGGCCGACGCAUUCAUUUCUCGUACAGCCUGCGCCACGACGCCAGCGAUAUAGUCGGCCUGGCGCUCUUACGCGUGCUGGUGCUGCCCACGUUGGCCACUGUCGCGCACCGAUCGUGGCACGCGGUCUCGCGCUACUCGGCGCGCGAGGAUGGCUACGAACGUCUAAAUGAUGACAAUGAGCUCGGCUUACGCAAGGCGAAGGCGGACUUAAGGCGAGAUCUGUGGCUGGGGUUCUUGUUCGUGGUGGCGUCGGUGUGCCAGGGCUACGUCGGCGUCAAGCUGUGCGUCUACGAUCUGGAGGACGUCCCACAGGAGCGACGAGCGGCAUGUGUCAGCGUGUAUUCGUGCCUUCGACUGCUCGACGGCGUGACUCUCCCCCACGCCAUCGCCGCGACUCACAAAAUGCAAAACACAGGCCUUCGCCGUCUGCGUCGGCCUCACGACUCUACUCAUAAAUGCGGAGGCGUGGCUCCUCAGCAACCUCGUCCAGUCGCAGACGCGGGUGCUGGCGGCGCUGCGACCCUCGCUGCACGCGCACGCGCUCGAGCUCAGUCAGACGACGUCGAACUGGUGUGACAUCUGUGGGAUUCGUAUCACGACGCCGACGCUGUGGCGCUGCCAUCCAUGCAACUUCGACGUCUGCCCGAAGUGCUGGGAGGCGCGCGACGAGACCACGGCGUCGCCGCUCCACCAAGACGGCGCGCAGAACGGGCGCGGCCGGGGCCGCGGACGCGGAGGCGGCGGCCGGGGCCGUGGCCGUGGCCGGGGCCGGGGCCGCGGCGGCGGGCGUCCGAGCCCGGCGCAGCAGGCCGAGGUCGAGAUUACGAACUGGGACAUCGUGCGCGAGGCGGCGAAGCUCAUGCGUCCCUCCUGGUGGCUCGUGGCAACGGCGCUGGCCUGCGUUGUCGCGUCGGGCGUCGCGAGCCUGGCGCUGCCGUCGUACCAGGGCAAGAUCAUCGACGCCGUCUACGCUCGAGAUCGGAGCCGCUUCCGCAAGAUGCUCGAGCUCUACCUCGUCUUCUCGGUGGGCACGGCGGCGACGCAGGCCCUGCGGGCGCUCUGCUUCCAGGUCGUCGGCCGGCGCCUCGCGUGCGCGCUGCGGAACGAGCUGUAUGCCGCCAUCUUGAGGGCGGAGAUCAGCUACUUCGACUCGACGGCGAGCGGCACGCUCACGAGCCGCCUGACGCAGGACGUCCGCCGCGGCGUCGAAUUUCUGCUCGACGGCGUGGGCGUCGACCCGGUCGAUGGCCACACAGGUCAAUCAGAUGACAUUUCCUUUGACGACAUUGCUCGGGUCGCUCGUCGCUGCGGUUAUCUCGCUCAUCGGCGGCGUCGCGAUGGCGUUCUACACGUCGUGGCGCCUCUCCAUGCUCGCCUUCACGACGGUGGGACCGAUCGUGCACGUGACCCAGGCUUAUGCCCAGUGGUCCAGAGAUCAGAAUCGACGGAUCCUAGCCCAUCUCGGUGAGGCAAAUGCCGCGGCCACUGAGGCGUUAGCGAACGUGCGUACCGUGAAAGCGAUGGCUACUGAAGAUCGCGAGGCGAAGCGCUAUGCCGACCACACGAUGGCCGCGCGAGACCGCGGUAUUAUCGACGCCUGCCUGAACGCGCUGACGUCUAUCCUCACGAAUAUUCUCGAUUACGGCUCGGGCUGGCUGAUUCUCUUCUACGGGGGCGCGGAGGCCAUGAGAAAAGGCUCUGGCCUCUCGGCGGGCGAGCUCGUCACCUACCAGCUCUACUUUAACAAGAUCCAGUCGUCCUACAACCAGCUCGUGAAUUUGCUCUCGUCAUUUACACGUGCGGGCGGUGCCGCGCAGCGUGUCUUGGGCCUUUUGAAGGCCAUGCCGUCGACGGACGCGGGCGGUGACGCUCCACAGGGCGGCGGUCGCGGCGCGGCUUUAGCCUACGACGACGUGCACUUCACCUACGCGUCGCGGCCCGACGCCCCCGUGCUCAAGGGUCUGAGCCUCGACAUUCCGGCGGGGUCGACGCUCGCCUUAGUUGGCCGCUCCGGCGCGGGCAAGACGACGGCGCUCAACCUCCUGCUGCGGUUCUACGACCCGAGCCGCGGCCAGAUCACGAUCGACGGCGUGCCUUUACCGCAGCUCGACGUGCGCUUGCUGCGACGACAAUUUGGUGUUGUCGCGCAGGACACGGAAUUAUUUGAUACGACGAUUUCCGAUAAUAUAGCGUACGGCGCAGCGGCGGGCGUGGGCGACGGGGAGGUGCGCGAGGCCGCCGAGGCGGCUUUGGCUCACGAGUUCGUUCAGGCCUUUCCUAGAGGUUACGACACGCGGGUCGGAGAACGCGGCGUCCGGAUUUCCGGCGGACAGAAGCAAAGGAUAUCGAUAGCUCGCGCGUUCCUGAGAGAUCCGCGAGUGCUCUUAUUAGAUGAGGCUACGAGCGCAUUAGAUGCGGAGAGCGAGAGCAAGGUCCAGGCCUCGCUCGACGCGCUCGUGGCGCGCGCGUCGGCGACGGUCGUGCUCGUGGCCCAUCGGCUCUCCACCGUCCGCAAUGCGGACUGCAUUGCAGUCCUCGGCGAGGCCGGCGUCGUGACCGAGCGCGGGACGCACGAUGAACUCGUGGCGAGGGACGGCGUUUAUGCAGCGCUCGUGCGAAGGCAGCUCCAGACGUCCGCGAAUCAAAUCACCGAGGCCCAGGUCGACGCCGCGGCGCAGGAGGUCGAAGUCGAGGCCGCCAUUGAUGAGCUCACGCCGGUCAGGGCCUCGACGCCCCCGAAGUAGAAUGUGUAAUUGUAUUACGUUGUAAAA